AUGUCUCUGCUAUCAGUCCCUCGUUCAGCAUCCGGCAGCAAACGCAACUCUGCUCGCCUGGAUCUCCUUUCGCUCGUGAUCAAAAAGUCAUCCACCGACUCGCCACGUGAUUCACUUUCGCCACUUGACGGGGAUGAAUUCGAGGCAGGAUCUAAAGCUUCACAAACACCAGACACCACUUUCCAUGCUCCGCAACGAACACAUGAGACUGCCACUUCCCAAGCAUCGACAGCGGCAUGCUCGCCACGUUCCUCUCCCCUCCUCAACCGCGACAAUCGACCAGCCGACCUCACUCUCACGCGGACCAAUGGCUUGACCUCACUCCCUAUUGACCAAUUGAAACAUCAGAUCUCGCAUGGUCACACAGACACAGGCACGCGCCCCACGAUAACGCAGCAGGUCGCACAGCACCGAUCCAAUAGACCACAGCAGUCGCCGCCACAGCCGAAGAUGGGCAACAAGCCUUCGAGCAUCACAGGCUCGCCGGGGCCCGAUGACGCCAGUACGCACAGCGUCGUGAGAAGACCGGUACGCAUGCUACGGAAGAGCUCGACGAACCUCUGCAAGCGCAUCGACUCGAAGUCGCCACUACCCCGGGAGCUCACUGCGAGCACAGUGCUGCAAGUCACUCAACAAGUAUCACCUAACGCCUUCGAUGGCUCGAAUCGGAAUGAUGAUGAAGAAAGCCCGGUGGAUCCGUUCAUGGGCAUUCAUGAAUUGUCACCGACGAAGGCUAGGACAGACGACAUGCCUCACGCAGCACAAUCUACUUCCAUGGCCACCAUAACGACCGAGAACGCUAGCCGCCCGAUGAGUGCUUCAACCACCAUCCGCGACAGCAGAGUUGACAGUCGAAGAGGAUCGCGAGUGGAGACUAGCACUUCUUUCGUCGAAGACCUCGAUGAUGACACAGACGGCAAGCCCAGUAGUGCACCAGUUCCUCCGCCUCAUCGCGGGCUGACACUGUCACCCUCCAUACCCGCGCCCUCACCAUUGCCAGAAGACAGCCCGCACAAGUAUGGCCUGAAGGACCGAAUGGACACACCCGAGCUUCCUGAGCCAGAGAAGAUUGACGUGGUCAAAGCACGCCGCAAAAGCACUGGACUUGACAUCUUCAACGUACGUCAUUUCCCUCACCGUCACUCUUCCAUCACCCAACUAACCGCCAACCAGGAAGCCAAAUCCCUCCAAUCCGCCUCCUCCUUCCUCAACGGCCUCAGCACCUCCCGCCGCCGCGCCGAAAGCACCCAACGCUCCACCGAAACCUCCGCCUGGACCAACGCUUCCUUCACCAACACCACCCGCCCCUCCUCCCGCUCAGCAUCCCGCCUCGCGUCCCGCCCGUCCUCCACCGCGCCCACCAGCGCCUACUCCGCUGACCGCCGCCGCGGCCACACCUUCAAACCGUCCGGCUUCGCCUACACCCGCCCCCUUACCUUCACACAGCUGAAGUGCUACCGCGGCCACGUCCGGCUGCUGCCGUCGAAGAACAAAGCAGCGCCGGUGGAGUGCUCGGUGUGUCAUAUCGAUGACGAUAAUGAGCAUUUCUCGUGUAGUUGGUGUGCGUUGCGGAUGUGCAAGUUUUGUCGGAAAGACUUUGCGGAGCGCGGGGUGGUGGCGUUGAAGGAGAGGAUCCGGCAGGCGGAGUUUGGGGGUGGGUCGGGUUUGGGGAGUGAGGAGGUGGAGCUGGGGGAGGAAGUGGGGAGGGGCAGGAGGGCGGUGCUGUGA